GGCGCAGGCGCGGGCUCCACAGUGGAGAAAGAUGGCGGCCCCGACGUUUACUGCGAGGUUAUACUCCCUGUUGUUCCGCAGGACCUCCACUUUCGCCCUCACCAUCGCCGUGGGCGCUUUGUUCUUCGAGCGCGCCUUCGACCAAGGCGCGGACGCGAUCUACGAACACAUCAACGAGGGGAAGCUGUGGAAACACAUCAAGCACAAGUAUGAAAAUAAGUAGUUCCCCGGAGACCCCUACCCAAGCCAAAAGGACCAGGUCCAUCCACCAGCUGUUUGCCCAGAACCAGGGCCUCAGCUUGAAGAUGAUGCUCAGAUUACUCUUCACCAACCACCUUUAGCUGUUGGCAAGAAGUGGCUUCACCUGACAGACUCUUUAACUUCUGCUGUGUUUGAAGCAUGUUUAAUCAGUCAUCAGCAAAUAAAUGUAAAUUGUCCUUGAGA